GACAUUUUUCAUUUUUAAGAUUCUGAACUGUCGCAUUUAAUAAUUUUAUCGCAAAAUUAACAAAAAUGCUCAUUCGAAAUAUCAGAAAUAUUCAUCGUGCUCCAUAUUUGUAUAAGUGCCACGUAAGUUUUAUAUCUUCAGCACAAUGUGAUAGAAAUCCUCAAGAAGUAUUUACAGCAAAAACGCAACCAUCAGAUGCUAAAGGAAAGGUACCUCCUAAGGAAAAUACUAUAAUUGCAAACCCGUAUUUAACACAGAAACCUGAAAAAUUAACUGUAAGUACCGAUACAAUAUCUUUUGAUGAAAUUCCCGGCCCUAUCAGCUUAAGGCUGAUAUCAAAAUUUUGGAGUUUAAUACCAAUUAUGGGAACCGAAUUGACAGUAACGGUUGUACAGUAUUUGUUAAGUGGUGGAAAAUUCUUCAGGGGAAUACUUAGUUGGGGUGGAAACGCACCUUUUUUUAAGAAAUUUUUUGACGUAUAUGGACCAGUUGUCAGAUUGCACGGCGCAUUUGGCAGUGACGUUGUAUUACUAAGCAGACCAGAGCACGCUAGUGCAGUUUUCCAGACUGAAGGCCCCUAUCCAAUCAGGUCGUGUUUAGACUCCGUAGAGCAGUACCGCUUGCAAUGUAAAAAUUAUAAGCAAGCUGGACCUUUUCUUACUCAUGGGCCGGAAUGGGAAAAACUACGAAAAUCUGUAGAAGUGCCAUUGCAAUCAAUUGUUAGUGAACAACAAGUUAGCAUUGAUAAGACUAAUUCUGAUUUUUUACAAAGAAUGAUCUCUAUUAGAAAUAAACAAGAAGAAAUGCCCGCAAAUUUCCAAACUGAAAUAUAUAAAUGGACCUUAGAAUGUCUUUGUUCAGUGGCUCUGAAUAGAAAAUUAGGAUUUCUAAUUCCGUAUGGUGUCGUUCCUGCUUCUGAUCCAGGUAGGCUUUUGGACGGGAUAUUUGGGGCUACCGCCGCUAUCAAGAGACUAGAAUAUGGUUUCCACUUCUGGAAAUUUGUAGAGACACCUUCAUGGAAAAGUCUGGUUAAAAAUUGCGACAUGAUUGACAGCGUCCUAUCAAAAUAUAUUGAAGCAGCUAAAGACAGUUUAAAGGACAAGAAAGCAAAAAAUCAAGGCUUGGAAAAACCAAGCUUUAUUGAACACCUAUUAUUAAAAGAAAAUAUAAUUGGUGAGGACAUCAUGACUGUACUACUAGAUAUGUUCCUUAUUGGAGCAAAUGCGACUGUUCAUUCUGUGGCUUUCUUCUUUUAUCAUCUUGCUAGAAAUCCUCGGUGCCAGAUAAAACUCUACCAAGAAAUAAAGAACCAUUCAGGACCGGUAACCGUUGAAAAAUUGAAGCAAUUAAAGUACCUACAAGCCUGUCUUAAAGAAACCUUACGUUUAGAACCACCAAUUCCGAUUAUAAGCCGCGUCCUCAGCAACGAUGUCGUCUGUCACCACUACCGCAUUCCAAAAGGCACUCACAUUCUCUACGGUACUCACAUGAACAAUAUGCGUGAAGAAUAUUUCGAAGACGCUGCCAAAUUUAAACCGGAAAGAUGGUUUGAGGAUGAAAAAGGUGGAUUCGGCAACGAAUAUCAAACUUUUGCUUCGAUGCCAUUUGGUUACGGACCCAGGAAUUGUUUAGCCAAAGAAAUGGCUGAGAAUUGGGUUGCUUCUUUGAUGUUGAAGGUUUGCCAGAUGUUUAGAAUUGAGUAUAACUACGGCGAUAUUAAGAGCUCAAACGAGUUGAUGGCAGCUCCAACAAAACCUCUUAAAUUUAGACUUAUAAAUCGUGUUUAGAUUUUUAUUAUUCGUUCGUAUAUUUUUUGGAAAAACUUAUUUGUUCAGACAUUAAUAAUUAUUACAAAGUUUUUGUAUAAAAUAUUGACGUGUUUGAGGAUUCCUCUUGUAAUACUUUUAUAAAUUGAAUAAAAAAUGUUAUUGGAAAAAUA